UGAGAACUACCGUCACAGUAUAGAGAGAGAGAGAGAGGGAGGGAGAGAGGCCAGUGACCUUCGAACACUAAAAAUUCCACUACAAAAAAAAAAGCUGAGGAGAGAGAGAGAGAGAGAGAGAGAGAGAGGAUCUCGAUCGUGAUCUCGAAAUCGAAGGGGGAGGAGGGGAGAUAAGACCGGCGAUAAUGGCUGCGAGGAGAACGGAAGAUGAGUACGAUUACCUGUUCAAAGUCGUUCUGAUCGGCGAUUCCGGCGUUGGGAAAUCCAACAUCUUGUCUCGAUUCACCCGCAACGAGUUCUGCCUCGAGUCUAAGUCAACCAUCGGCGUCGAGUUCGCCACUCGAACCCUUCAGGUUCAAGGCAGGACAAUCAAAGCCCAGAUAUGGGACACAGCAGGACAGGAGAGGUACCGCGCAAUAACCAGCGCCUACUACCGUGGGGCCCUCGGAGCUCUCCUCGUCUACGACGUGACCAAGCCCACCACCUUUGAGAAUGUGAGCCGCUGGCUCAAGGAGCUGAGAGAUCACGCCGACUCCAACAUUGUCAUCAUGCUCAUUGGCAACAAGACCGACCUCAAGCACCUCCGUGCUGUGGCCUCAGAGGAUGCUCAGAGCUUUGCUGAGAAAGAGGGAUUGUCCUUUAUUGAGACCUCUGCCCUCGAGGCUGUAAAUGUUGAGGAAGCCUUUCAGAUGAUUCUGGGACAAAUUUAUCGAAUCAUUAGCAAGAAGAACAUCGCUUCCCCGGAUGAGCCUGGGUCUGGACCUGCUGCUGGUGGUAUUAAGGAAGGGAAGACUAUUACAGUUUCGGCUGCAGAGGCGCCUACAAAGAAGCAAUGCUGCUCGACAUGAGGGAGAUUCUAAGCUUCUGAGACUCUUGUUCUGUUGUGCAUUGUCAGCUUCGAGAUCAGGUUUUCUUGCCUGACGGUUGAUUCUUUGUGGUGUUUUGCGUUUUGCAUUGGAACUCAAAUGUACUUUUUUUUCCUAUCAUUUUGUGCUUCGUGUUGUUGUUACCUUAGAAUUGUAGAGGGAUAAAGACGGGCUUUUUUUAGGAAGAAAGGAUGAAAAGGUAAAGUGCUUUACAUACUUCGGUUUAUGAGAGACUGAUGCAGAAUGAAAAUAUUUUUUACUUGGUUUUGUCU